UAUAAUUGAAGGGGUCGGGUGAAAAAAGUGCCAAGCAUCAUUUUCGGCUGAACUGAACUAGCAGUGCUAUCUGGUAGUAGACUAAAUGAACUACAAGCAGCACUGAUCAGAUUGCAAUUAUUGCCACUAGAUAGCUCUAAAUUUACAUUGCAUUCUAUUUCCUCAACUGUUUGUUUAAUGUUGUUUGGGAAAGAAAGUGCCAAGCAUCAUAUACAAAAUGGAGAGGAAGAGGAAAUGUGUCAGAAAUCUGAAGGAUUAUUAUGAAAACGUAGAUGAUUUGUAUGCAGAACUAGACAAUACUGAUAGUGAUCCUGACUUUUCUCCCAAUGAUGAGGAAAAUGGCGUUUCAGGUUUUAAGAAAUGUGUCAAGGAAGCUGAUUACUUUUUGGAACCUAUGCAAGAGAUUGCUCCAGAAGCUGGGCUAGAUGCUACUCCAGAGGCCGCAAUUGACUCUGAACAAGAGGCUUUUUUAGAGGUAGAAGAUUUGCAAGCACCAAGCCCACAACACAUUGCCAAUGUUUCAUCAAGAUCUCCAAUUUUGACUCCGGUAAAAAGCCCAAGGAAAAGAAAACGCAAAACACACAUGAAGCAAGUUGAUUUGAGAAAGAAAAGGCGGAAUGAAGGAAGAGCAUAUCAGACAAAGUCAGGAAAGAAUAUACCAGGCAGGACUUUAGGUGAGAUGUGCAAAUGCCCCCUUAAAUGUCAUGAGAAAGUCACUGAGGACCAAAAACUUGUUCUCUUCAAUGCAUUUUGGGAUAUGGGAAAUUUCAAUAUGCAAAAUGCAUAUCUUUUUGGGUGUAUAGAAAAAAUUCCUAUCAAACGUCGUUAUUGUCAAAAUCCUGAGGCCUCAUACAAACAAAACACUUUCAUUUUCAAGAUCAAACUUCAAAGUGGUUCAUCUCUUAGAGUUUGCAAAAAAUCGUUUAUGAGCAUUCAUGGUCUACAAAAUGCAAGAGGUCGAAUCAACAACAUUAUUAAAAAAAUAGUUUCUGAAAAAUCUACCCCAUCUUCUGACAAAAGAGGCACCCAUGAUACAAGACCUCACAAGGUUUCAGCUGAAGCAGAAAAUAGUGUACAUGAGCACAUUAAAGCAAUACCAAAGUACCAGUCUCACUAUAGUAGAGCACAAAAUCCUAACAAGGUAUAUUUGGGUUGUGACAUUACAAUAAGAAGUUUGUACAAUGAAUAUUACCUGAACUUUUGUGAAGUUAACAAUCUUCCCAAAGUUAGUGAGGAUAAGUAUAGGAGAAUAUUUUGUGAAAAGUAUAAUAUUGGCUUUAAACUCCCAAAAUCUGAUACAUGCAGUAAAUGUGAUAGUUUGCAGAUUAUCAUUGAUGAUGCCAAUGCUAGUGCUGAGCAAAAACAGACAGCAAAACUAGAGAAAGAAAUCCAUUUACGUAGGGCAGAUAGUGCCAGAGAAAAAUUGAAAAAUUACACAGCUAUGAGUAAAGAGACACCCAAUGAUGUGCAUGUCAUCACUGUUGAUUUACAACAAACCCUUCCUACACCAAAACUGUCUUGUGGACCUGCAUUUUAUUGCAGGAAAAUGUGGACUUAUAAUGUAGGUAUUCACAACUGCAGUUCUGGACAAGGCUUUAUGUUCAUGUGGGACGAAACAGUUGGAAAAAGGGGUAGUGAUGAGAUAGGGAGUUGUAUUAUCAAGUACUUGUCUGUAGCUAAUAUCCACGCAAAAAAGUUGGUAAUAUUUACUGACAACUGCGGUGGUCAAAAUAAAAAUUGGAACAUUAUGUCACUUUGGUCACAUCUUGUACGUAGUAAACGUUUUGAGUCAAUAGAACAUUACUUCCUGAUAACUGGCCAUACUUUUCUUCCAUCGGACCGAGACUUUGCAAUAAUAGAGAAAUAUCAUACCAAGCACUGUCAAAAUGUGUAUAAUCCUGAGCAAUGGAGAGAGAUCGUAGCAAAAUGUGGAACAAGAAACAAGUUCAUUGUAACAUGUUUGAUGAGUGAGGAUAUUUUUGACUUGACUAAGUUGCAAGAGAACUUAUUCAACACAAAACAUAAGUUUUGCACAGAUGGUGUUACUCUUCCCAGAUUUUCGAAGGCUAUUUGUUUCAAAUUUGACAGCAGCAAACCAUCCGAGAUGAAGCUCAAACACAAAAUGAAUGAAGAUUUUCUAGUGUUGAACCUGAAAAAACGUGGAAGGACUUCUGCUUCAAUACUCCACAUGAAAAGGAAUGCACCAAACAUUAUCAAUAAGAAGAAGUUAGAUGAUGUCAAAUCCUUGUUGCCGUAUAUUCCUCCUAUUUACCAUGGCUAUUACAACAGCCUACAGUCUGCAGGAGAAGACCAAGAAGAAGACAUCAUGAUUGAGUAGGACAGGGGUUCUCAACCAUUUUUGCUCC